AUGCCUCCCAAGACGCCCAGCAAAUCCAAACUCGGGUCGGCUCUCCAGACCAUCCCGGAGACUCCUACUGAAGCUCCAGGGCACAUUCCGCAUAAAACUAUGCGUCUCAGAUACAUCCGGGACGGAGCCGCGAGAAUACUUUCUAAAACGCUGGGCAAAAAUAUCGAGGCCAAGGAAGUCAGUUUCAUGGCCUAUGCUAAAACAAAGUACAAUUGGUUUAUAGCCGUUACUACAAUUCUUAACGAAGAAAUCGGCACCAGGUUUACGACAGAGUAUGACCUACCGGACUGGACUAAAGAACCAAUGUGGCUUUGGAAGUCCCAUCAAUCUAUGCGAAUGAUCGAUUGGCUGGAUCACAAAUUCCUGAAGGCUGAGAUCAUUGAAGGCAAAGCUCCGAGAGUUAGGGAGAAUAAACUUGGAGAUCUUGCUGGAACGAAAAAAAUCGAGAUGUUACACCUAACGACACUCUUCAAUGCCCAAACCAAAGGGCAGAGGAGGGCUCGCAAGAGGGCUCUUGAGAAUCCGUGGACCCAGCCAUCAGUAAACGUCAAAGAGCCUGCAUCGGACUUUAUCGCCUGGAUGACUGGAUCUGCUGACCACGAAACUAUCCGCGAGAUGAAUGAAGAGUAUCUUGGUAUUAAAGACAAGGAUGAGGAAAGGCGUCGUCGAGGUGUCUACAUAUCCUAUGGUGGAUUUGGAGGAGACCCUGUCAUUACUGAAGCCCCUAUGGAUGAGGAAAUUCUUGAUGCUCAAGAAAUAGCAGAAGAUGGUUCAGAGGGUGUGGAAUGGUCAAUUUCUUACGUUGAGUGA